AUGGGCAUCGCUGAGGAUUGCUGCCCCAAAGUCGCUGCUAAAAUCCAUGUUGAUCAAUUUAUCGAUUGCAUAGCCCAGAAUUGCCCUCGGCUGACUCGCUUGGAAAUUCGAUGGGACGACGACACACUGAGGUUCUCGGACAAAUCCAGCAAAUUCAUCGACGUCCUACGAAUGAAAUGUCUGAAACUGCAUUCAAUUGUGCUCAGCGAUGGACAGUAUUACGAACUAGUACGGUCGAAUUUCGAAAGGGCUGAUCGAAUGAGCGUUGUUAGGACUACCGAGAUGUGUCGAACCGGUCUCCUGCACUGUUCUCGGUUCUAUAAUCAACUUCUGUUUAACUAG